UUCUCCUCCUCCUCCUCCUCCUCUCCGCCGCCGCUGCAGCCGGUGCGCUCGGUGCGGACCCUGCAGCCGGAGCGGUCGGAGCAGGCGGCCGAAGAUGCUUCCUGAGCUCUCGGGGAUCGGAUCGGCCACCGGCACCGCUGCGGUCCCGGCUGGGGGGUGAGGAGCCGGAGCAGCCGGAGCAGCCGGAGCAGCCGGAGCAGCCGGAGCAGCCGAGGAGACCCUGCGCCGCAUUCCCAGGCUCCGGCCCAGAUUGGAAGCCACCGCCUUUGUCUGGAGACGCCCCGGGCCCGGAGGCAGGCCUGCUUGAGCCUCCAGGAUGGCAGAGGAGUGACUGGGCUGGGAAUCUACCCUACUGCUGCUGCUUCUGGCUUCUUUGUGCCCAGUGCCCAGGUCGCUGACCCUGGCAGGCAAGUGACUGUGGACUUUGUGGCUCCAGCGUUUAACCCGGCUUAUCACCGCCACCACUACCACCACGAUGACACCACUGUGCACUUGUAGAAUACUUUAAUUUUACCAAAGCACCGCCACAUCUAAUUCUGUUCUCUCAACUCCCUGUGAGGAAGGGGGAGCAGGGGUCUUCUCACCAUUUUACAGAGGAGGAAACGGAGGCCCCGAGAGGAUCCCGGCCCUUACCAUGAGGUGGGUGCCCCACAACGUCUCUCCCGUCGGGUGUGCGAGCCAGCUGCUGGCAGUCUCAGAGGAAGAAGAGCAGCUACCCUGUGCCCCCCGCCAUUGGCUCUGGCCCCUAUGGGAAGCCCGGCCGUGUCCUGGCUGUGGACGGAGAAGCGUCGGCGGCGCCUCGAGGCCCUGCGUCUAGCUGGGGCCCUUGGAGCGGCAGGUGGUGGCUGGCAAUGAGCGGCCGCGGAGGCCCGGAGCCACGUCCCAGUCUGCCGACUCCUGUGUGGGCCUCAGCCGGUGCCGGCCCCAUGGCCCGGCCUGGCCCCCAUAACCUGACCCUGAACCAGAGCACGCCCUCGGCCCAGCCCCUGAAUGCCUCGGAGGGCGGGGGGCCGCCGCGGCCGGCCCUGGCCGACAAAAACUGGCCGGCCCUGCUAAUCCUCGUCGUCAUAGCCCUGACUGUCGGCGGCAACAUCCUGGUCAUCAUGGCUGUGUCACUGGAGAAGAAGCUGCAGAACGCCACCAACUACUUCCUUAUGUCCCUGGCCGUGGCCGACAUGCUGGUGGGAGUCCUGGUCAUGCCCGUGUCCCUGGUCACCGUGUUCUAUGACUACACGUGGCCCCUGCCCCAGGGGCUGUGCCCGGUAUGGAUCGCGCUGGACGUGCUGUUCUCCACGGCGUCCAUCAUGCACCUGUGCGCCAUCUCCCUGGACCGCUACGUGGCCAUCCGCAACCCCAUCGAGCACAGCCGCUUCAACUCCCGCACCAAGGCCGUCAUCAAGAUCGCCGCCGUCUGGACCAUCUCCAUCGGCGUGUCGGUGCCCAUCCCCGCCAUCGGGCUCCAGGACCGCGGCCGCGUGUUCGUCAACGGCAGCUGCGUGCUCAACGACCCCAACUUCGUCCUGGUGGGCUCCUUCGUGGCCUUCUUCAUCCCGCUGGUCAUCAUGGUGUUCACCUACUGCCUGACGGUGCAGGUCCUGCAGCGCCAGGCCACCGUGUUCCUCUACGGGGAGGCGUCCCGGGCGCCGAGGCGGGCCAGCGCCGGCUGCUUGCGGCCUGACCCCCACCCGGAGGCCGUGGCCAUGAUCCCCAACCACGACGGGGCGUCGUCGCGGGGCAGCUCACCCGGGCACCGGGAGGCCCUGUUCCGCAAGGGCACGAUGCAGUCCAUCACCAACGAGCGCCGUGCCUCCAAGGUGCUGGGCGUCGUCUUCUUCUUGUUUCUGCUCAUGUGGUGCCCCUUCUUCAUCACCAACGUCAUGUCCGUGCUCUGCCGCCGGGCCUGCGACCAGCGGCUGCUCGAGGAGCUGCUCAACGUCUUCGUCUGGGUGGGUUACGUGUGCUCCGGCGUCAACCCCCUCGUCUACACGCUCUUCAACAAGACCUACCGCCGCGCCUUCGCCAGCUACAUCCGCUGCCGCUACCACGGCGCCCGCAAGGCCGGACCGCGGCCACCCCCGGGCCCCGGCCCGGCCGGGACGGGCCCCGUCCCCAGCCCCGGCCCCGCCCCGGCCAAGGAGGACCUCGUCCCGCACGGCUGCCGCAACGGCCACGAGCUGAGCGGCGUCGGUCCGGCGGGAGGCCCGGAGAGGCCCGCUGACCGCGGCCGCGGGGAGGUCAGCGAGAGGGACCUGCUCGCCGGGCCUCGGGGGUUCGCUCUGCCCCUCAGAGAGCUGGACGGAGCGGGAGCCACGACCCCAGAGAGGCCCUGCCGGCCCCGGGCCCAGGCCCAAAGGGGUCGGCGCCUGAAGGACCCGCAGCCACCGGUGGACACGCCCCGAGCCCUGGCCGCCGCUGCCGCCCACCGAAAUCCCCCCGCUGGAGUCAGGGCACUCGCCCUCGGGGGCGUCUGCGGGACUCCUGGCCCCGGGAACACGGGGUUCCGCCCGAGGGCUCAGUGGCUGUUGGCCGAUUUCCUGCGGAACGGCUCCGUUUAA